AUGGAGACGACUCUCCCACUCCCCUUUCUCGUCUCUGUUGACGUCCCACCGGGGUUGGCCUCAAGUGAAGGUCUGAACCGGGAGGAAGUGUCAUGUCUUGGCUGUGUCUUUUUCGACGCAACUCAGAAGAACCUCGAAAAGCUCCUCAGCCACUUGAGGCAACACAGCGCCGAGUUUCACGUCUUCUUGGAUGCUACAGCGCUUGAGUCGAGAGACGGUGUCGUUUCGCUUCUAGACCACGGUGCUCGGAAAGUCUUCGUCCAACCCGAGAGGUUGUUAGAUUUCGCCGAGUUUGGAAGACGAGUCGCCCCUGCUGUUACGAAGCUGAACAAGGUAUCGGCCCACAUCAAGCAUGGCCUCCUAUUGAAAGAUUUUGACCAGAGGGGCUGUGAUGUCGGCGCCCUCAUGGAGUCAAUCAAAGAGGAAAAGCUACCCCCCGUUUAUAUCAAGCCCAUCUCCGAGACUGUCUAUGACCACUUUGUCGACAUCUGCUCACAAAUACGGGCCAUCCCGGUCUUACCAUCUACGGUAUUGACGACGAAGAAGGAUGAGGCCGAGAAGAAGUUGUUUGUACCCAAACUCUUCUCGACGUCAUGGACGUCAGAGAGGGAAGACAAGCUUCUGCCGACAGUCGUCUGUGAUGAGAGAGGUGUGUCACUUGGCUUGGUUUACAGCAGCGAGGAAAGUGUCGCCGAAUCCCUCAGGACACAGACUGGCGUUUAUCAAAGUCGGAAGCGAGGUCUCUGGUACAAGGGAGCCACGUCUGGAGACACGCAAGAGCUCGUGCGAAUAUCAAUGGACUGCGACAAUGACGCACUGAAGUUCGUCGUCAAGCAAACCGGAAGAUUUUGCCAUCUCGAUCAAUUCGGCUGCUUCGGUGACCUCAAGGGAUUGUCCAAGCUUGAGCAGACGUUGACUUCGAGGAAGCAGUCGGCGCCCGAGGGCUCCUACACGAAGAGGCUAUUCUCAGAUGGCAAGCUCCUCCGCGCGAAGAUCAUGGAGGAGGCCGAGGAACUUUGCGACGCGCAAACGCCGGAAGAAGUCGCUUUCGAAGCGGCAGACUUGAUUUACUUCGCUCUCACGAAAGCUGUUGGUGCUGGAGUCAGCCUCUCGGAUAUCGAGAAGAACUUGGACGCAAAGAGCUUGAAGGUGAAGAGGAGACCCGGUAACGCCAAGGGCCAAUGGGCGCAGAAGGAGAGCAUCGCCGAUGGCACAGUCGAAGAGGCGAAAGAAGCUGCGAAGGAGUCCUCCUUACCACUGACUUCAGCUCCUGCCACUGAGAAACACACAGCACCCGAUACCCAGAGGAUCUCAAUGAGGCGAGUGGGUGCAAGUCAGGUCGGAGAAGCUGAGGUCUCGAAGACUCUGAAGAGGCCAUCUCAGAAGUCGGCGGAAACGAUCAUGGGUAUCGUCACGCCCAUCAUCAAUGACGUGCGACAAAACGGCGACAAAGCCCUUCUAUCUUACACUCACAAAUUUGAGAAGGCUACUUCGUUGACGUCCCCUGUUCUCAAAGCCCCCUUUCCUCAGUCACUCAUGAACCUUCCUCCCGAGACCAUCAAAGCCAUCGAUAUUUCGUACGAAAACAUUCGAAAGUUCCACGCUGCGCAGAAGGAGGAUAAGCCGCUGCAAGUCGAGACGAUGCCAGGAAUUGUAUGUAGUAGGUUCUCGCGACCCAUCGAGCGCGUGGGUCUCUAUGUUCCAGGUGGAACGGCGGUUCUUCCUAGUACUGCUCUCAUGCUCGGUGUACCAGCCAAGGUCGCUGGCUGCCAGAAGAUCGUUCUCGCAACGCCCCCACGCGCGGAUGGCAGCAUAACACCCGAGAUUGUAUAUGUGGCUCACAAGGUUGGGGCCGAAAGUAUCGUGUUAGCUGGUGGUGCACAAGCGGUCGCUGCAUUGGCUUAUGGCACCGAGAGUGUCAGUAAGGUGGACAAGAUUCUCGGCCCUGGCAACCAGUUCGUCACAGCUGCCAAAAUGCACGUCAGCAACGACACCAAUGCUGGGGUGAGCAUCGACAUGCCGGCUGGACCUUCCGAGGUGCUAGUUAUCGCUGACAAAGACGCAAACCCGGCCUUCGUGGCUUCAGACCUGUUGUCUCAGGCUGAACACGGUGUUGACAGCCAAGUCGUCUGCAUCACGAUAGACUUGGAUGAGCAGCAGUUGAAGGCUAUCGAGGAUGAACUACACAAUCAGGCUAUGGCUCUGCCCAGAGUGGACAUCGUCAAGGGUGCUAUCGACCACUCGGUGACAGUACUAGUCAAGGACGUGGAUGAGGCGAUGAGGAUCAGCAAUGAAUACGCCCCUGAGCACUUGAUCCUUCAAAUCAAGGACGCGGAGCGGGCUGUCGACAAGGUUAUGAACGCUGGAAGCGUGUUCAUUGGACAAUGGACGCCUGAGAGUGUCGGUGAUUACUCUGCUGGUGUGAACCACUCAUUGCCGACCUAUGGGUACGCAAAGCAGUACUCAGGUGUCAACCUGGGCUCCUUUGUCAAGCACAUUACGAGCUCGAACUUGACCGCAGAGGGUCUCCGAAAUGUGGGAGAGGCGGUAAUGCAACUGGCCAAGGUGGAAGAGCUUGAGGCACACAGGAGGGCUGUGAGCAUCAGACUGAAAACCAUGGAAUGA